AGGCUCGUCCAUUUGGAUGUUAUUAUGUCGGAGUGAACUAAACAUGGCUGUUGAUGUAUUCGUCGUGAGCUUCAUCUUAGGUUCUCCGUUCAUACCUCUCGUUUAUCUGAUUGUUCCACCAAAGACACCUGUUUUAUCUGGGUUUGAACCUACUGCUAUCGGCUCCAACCGUGAACUCGUCUGUGAUGCGUCUCAACCUGAUGCCGGGACCAUCACCUAUAAAUGGUAUAAAUACUCGAUUGCUAAUGGUGUAGAGAAUUGGGAAUCCAAAGGACCCAUUGGUACAAGUCAGAAUUACAUCUUUAAUCCAGUCACUGAGAAGAAAGUGUUCCACUUAUUUUCAAAUGCGGACACAGUCAGUGGGAAGUACAAGUGUCGAGCAUCGAACUCGGCCGGAACAAGAGACAGCGAAUGGGGAGAUCUGUAUGUCUAUACACCAUGUCCACUGUAUGCUGUGAGUGUUUCACCACCCAAACCUGCCAUCGGAAGUACAUUCACCCUCAACUGUUACAUAUUGAACCCAAGCGGAUUGCAUGUGAAUUGGUUAAAGAGGGCUGAUGCUUUAUCUGCUGCUCCAGAAGUAGCAGGAGCGAAUAAGAAGGGAUGCCAUGCUCCAAGUAACCCACGCUACAGUUGGAGCAGCUGCAGCCCACCAAGCACCUCAUCACCGACAAAGACAUUCAAUCUACAAGUCACCAAUGCUCAGCCUUCUGAUUCUGCUUACUGGAUUUGUAAGGACAUUGGUCUAAGCUGCAACAGUGACCCAAUCAAGCCAGUGGUGCAAGCGCACCCAGUCACGCCACAGAUCACCGGUUUCCCAUCAGGACCAGUCAUUGCUGGAACACAGCUCAACUUGAAGUGUGUGGCCUCGCCUCCUGGAGAUACCUACGAUUGGUACAAGGAUGGUACAAAGGUUACAACAUCAUUGAGUUACGACUUCCAAGUGACAAAGGAGAGUGCUGGUGUUUACAAGUGUGUGGCGAGAAAUGCUGUCGGGUCUGCCAGUAGCACAGACAAGACACUGGUUGUUUAUUACAAACCUGAUUCCGUUGACGUGUCAUCUGGAAAGACCUCAUCCUAUGUUGGGGAGACCGACAAGUUCACCUGCACAGUCUCUGGCGGCAACCCCACCCCGACCGUGAAGCUCUACUUCAAGAGGUCAGGCGGAACACCAGUAGAGGUCACCCAAGGUCAUGAUAGGGUGAUGGCUAAAGAAGAUAACCAGGCUGAGUACUACUGCGUGGCGAAGGUCACUGGGUAUCCCGCCUUGGAUAUGACUUCAAGCAGGAAGACAUACAGCGUAACAUUUUCAAACACCAAGGUUUCCUUUCUCAAUAACCCGACCGCUGCUGUCCAGGUUGGUCAGGUAAAGAAGUUCACAUGUGAGACGGAUGAGAGUAACCCAGUUACCAACAUCAAGUGGUAUCAUCAUAUUACUGGUUCUUCGUGGCGAAAUGUCACAACCGGAAUAUCAUCAUCCGAGAGGAAUGGUGUGUAUGGUGGAAAGAUGAGGAUCAGUGAGUGGUCUGUAACUGCAACAAAGGCAAUGAAUGGUGCAACAAUAAGAUGUACGUCCACCUACUCCCUGACUGGUCAUAGCUUUUGGACGAAUGCCGAUACCACAAUGUAUGUAAAAUUUAACCCAUCAAAGAUAACUUUGCUUCAAAUACCACUAACAGUGAUCUACGAGGGGAAACAGAUCACGAUCACCUGUGAGACAGACAGCGCCAACCCGGUUGCGAAUGUACAGUUUUACCGGAAGAGGACAGGAGGAAACUGGGAGCAACUGACGUCGGGGAUAACAUCUGAAGACAGGGCUGCAGAAUACAAUGGCAGGAUUCGAAAGAGUACUUUGGUUGUUACAGCCAGUAGGUUGGACACACAGGCUGUGUUCAAAUGCGAGAUUCGUAAGGGGUCAUUCCAGAUCGAACAGACAACUACCGUUGAUAUAUAUUACCCAGCAAGCGUCGUAUUAUCAUUAGCCUCGACUGCAGUGAAAGAAGGUGAUACUGUCACAUUGAAAUGUGAAGCAAGAGGGGGUAACCCGACAUCGUACACCUACAUAUGGUAUUAUAACUGGAUACAAAUACCGAAUAUGACUUCAAGACAAUACAGAAUAUCAUCAAUACAGUACAACAGGAGUGGAGAGUAUCGCUGUCGUGCGGUCAACUAUUCUCCAGAUGGCAUAGCCGAUGCAUCAUUAAAAUUGGAUGUUUUAUACAAAGCUAAAUUGGAUCCCAAUCUGCCGAGACUCAUCACCGUUGAAAGCAGACCAUUAAGACCAGUCAUGUUUACACUCAACGUCAUCGCCAACCCUCGACCAACGAAUGUUACGUGGUAUCACCCCAACCACAAGAUGGCAACUGGUGAAAACUUCAUCCCUGCGGAAGUAAAUGGGACAUACACACUGAGCAAGGGAUCUGUAGCGACUCCAGACUAUGGAAACUACAUCGCCAAAGUGACUAAUUCUGUUGGAAUAUCAUAUUUUUGUUUUGAACUUCUCCGCGAAGGCCCACCACGCAUUCCGUGCUGUCUGAAAGCAGACAACGUUAGUGCAGUUUCAGUGACCUUGACCUUUAGGAGUAACUUCAAUGGCAGAUCACAACAGCAGUUCACCAUCGAGAGCAAAAACGGAAGCACCAUCGACAGAUACAUCAAUAUAGCAGACCCGGGCUUUGCGAAAGAUGUAGUGAGAAAAAUAGCAGGACUGAAGAGCGAUUCGAUGUAUGAAUUCCGGGUUAAAGCGGACAACGAAUAUGGCACCAGUGGCUAUGGAGACGUACUUAAAGUACAGACACCAGCUGCUCCAAAUGUCCCGACGUUUAAGAUCACCCGUAACGGGAGACUGGCGACCGUGGUGUUCGGGCCGCCGAUUCGGGAGUACACAAGUUUCCAGCUCAAGUUCUGUGGGCCCAGUCAGACACCAAAAACGUCUGGAUGCGGCGGGGUUCGCUUCACCAUCCAUGAUCCAACGACAUCAACUUACACAGUUAGUGUGACACACGAGACCACGAUCUAUGUUUUCUACAUGGAUUUGUAUAUUGGCGAUGAUGUUGUUUAUAGUUCUGGUCAAGUGCAUCCUAAACAGACUGUGCCGGCUGGAAGCAGUCCUGAUGGUGGCAUGAUAGCUGGCGUGGGUGUCGCCGUCGUCAUCCUGGUAGCAAUGGUGGUGGUGGUUGUCGUCGUGCUACAUAGGAGGAACAUGGCAUGCUUUGCUGGUCGAAAUAAACGCGAUGAAUCAAACCAUGCUGAUGGGAAAACUGGCAAAACGGAAGCUGAUCCGGUUAUUCAUGACCCUUUAUACAUGAACGUCGUCAACAGGGCAUUUGAAGGUGACGAUACUCCACAUGAACCGGUUUAUGUGAAUUCUCCUCAACAGAAUCCCGUGAAAGAUGGCGGUGAAAAUCCGUAUGACGAAAUGGAAAAUCCAUAUGCUGACUUGAACAUCACGCCUGAUGUGAUCGCAAGCCAGACGUAUGCUGAAUUGAAAUAUUGAAAAUCAAGACGGAAAAUGAAAGAAGGUUUCACGACUGUCCGGUUUGUGUCACAUACAGUAUGCAGAGUGACACGAGAAAAUGACUAAUGUUUUCCUGGCUCAAAUAUUUUGUUCUUUAAUUUACAAAGUAAAUUGGAGGAAAGCUAGUCCCCGGGGACAGCUAGCCCGUCUGUAUGUAUAUAUUUACCACUGUCACGUGUGUGAACACGAAACAAGAGUGACCAUAACAUAUUUUAUGUAGUUAUUCCCCCAUUAUACAUUAGACUUGUAACUGCAUCGGCAGUGCUGACCACAUUAGGUCGGCAUUGGGCAUUCACCUCAUCAUUCUCAGCCGUUAAAUAUAUCAUAUCUGUCACUGGUUGCAGACAUCAAACACGUACUCUAUUGAGAUAUCUUGCAAGUUGAGCGUUUUUUUAAACAAGCCUUCUCAUUAGGUUGGAUUUGCAUAUAGUAUUGGAACUAGUAAGUUGAGUGUUCUUGCAUACGCCUGCCAAUAAGGUUGGGUUUGCGUAUAGUUGACGUUCUCGUUUAUAAAGUGUCACUUCAGGAGUGAUCCAGUCAAUUCUAUCGAGUGGACCACGAUCACGGUGUCAUUUUCAUCCUUUUGUCAGGUGAAGCCAGUUGACAAACAUGCUGGUGACGAGUGACUAUGAACCGUGACAAUGUGAAUCAAUUGCUUAUCUGACCUAAGGUCAUAUUUAUCUAGUGGGUCGCGUUAUUACUUGUAACUCAAGUCAUUUCUGAAGAGCGUGCUUCCAGAGGUUCGAGAUGUCGCUUUUUAACCUCUCAGUUGUCGGGCCAUGUCCCGUUGUCAAGCCGAAGUCAACUAAUGAACAUGCUCAUGACGAGUGACAUUGACACGUGAACUUGGACAAGUGACCACGUGUAUCCUCUUUUGAACUCGGUGUAAAAUCUGUGGUUGUUCACAAUACAAUUGACAUCAUAGAGAGACCAUGAAAACAUAGAAAAACGAUCCCAAAGAAUAGGGGGAAAUGCUUAGAAGUAAAAAUGCCCAAAACUGUUACACCAGCCCUGCUGAAACACCAUGACCCCCACCCCAUCCCGCCAUGGAGUUCAAUUGGGUUUUCAAGUUCCUACCAAAGAACAAAUUGAAGACAGUUUUGGAAAACUGCCAAGAACACACUGUUGUUAAACCUUAUAUUUGUUUUUCGUUUGUUUUAAUGCUUCUUAGCAGUGGCUAAAUUACCUAGAAUACUUAGUACAUGUGGUUUGUAUCAUCGUUCUCCAGUAUUUCAAUUUACUUAUUCAAGGAUCAAGAAUCUCCUAGCUUACUUGACAUCGCUAGUAGUGAAUAAACAUUUGUUUUACACUCAUUAAGCAAUCUCGAUUCGUAACUUUAUAACUGUGUUCCUUUUAUGUAUUCCUGAUAGGUAUAUGUAAUCUAUAUUUUAAUGUGAAAUGUAUAGAAAAUAAA